UGUGGUCCUCCUGAGCACACUGCUCAAAAUGGCUGAGAUCAGUGAUCGUGAGGACAGGAAGCCAGCCAUCAUCCUGGACUACAACCACAACAAAGGAGGCGUGGACAACCUGGACAAGGUGAUUGGAACUUACAGCUGCAGGAGGAUAACUGCCCGCUGGCCCCUGGUCAUCUUCCAUAACAUCAUUGAUGUGUCCUCAUACAAUGCCUUCGUGAUAUGGAACAAGAUCAACCCUACCUGGAUGCCUGAUAAGCGGAACAAGAGGAGGGUGUUCCUGGAGCAGCUGGGAAAGGCACUUGUAACCCCACACAUUCAAAGAAGGGAGCGCCUCCCCUUCACAGCAGCCUCUGCAGUGCUUUUGAAAGCUGUUCAGGGGACUGAAUCUUGUCCUGAUCCACCUGAGGCUGCAGCUGGGGCAGGCAAGAGGAGGAGAUGCCAAUUCUAA